GAAAAUAAUUAUUUCCUUGAAGCUUGAUGCAUGUGUAUCAACCCCCUAAUCACAGCUUCUCUUUUGUGUCCUGAUCAUUGUUUUAGCUGCUAACUUCUACUUUUAGCAGCAAUGAGCGGAAGGGGUUAAAAUAAAGAACAAUCCUGCGGACUUGCGUAUGCGAAGAGAAAAGUAAUUGCAGUUGGUCGAGUACAUUUGGGUGGCGGUCAUACUCAUAGCGCCUAGUGCUGCUGUCGAGUCUCGUGAGCAAAUAAUCUACGACGAUGAAGGCGAGCGGGGAGGAGGUGGAUGUGUUCAAUGGGCCACAUGCUCGCAUGAGAACGCUGCUGGACCGUAUGAAAGUCAGACUUUCCAACACGGACUUCCGGCAUCGCGACAGCGUGGCCACGUUGCUAUUCGAGCUCCAGUACAUCUUCAGCGAGUUCAAGAAGCACGAAGAGAUCGAGGACACGUACAUAGUGGACGAGCUGAAGUCUCGCAUGACACAGGGUGCGCAGCAGCGGAGCCUGGUGGGAGCAGCGACCGCACCGGAGGCGUCGUCACUAGCGCUGGCUACUCAUACACCCGAGCAGCACGAGCAAGACGCGCCCAUCUCCCUGGAGAAAGACCUGCACGGAGACGACCGGUUGACAUCCGUCAUCCACGUCAUCUCCAAUGUGCAGGAUGUGACUGGCCGGGCUACGUGCAAUCGUGUGGUGCGCCUACGCCAGGGCCAGCGACUCUGCGAGGUCCUGGAUGAGUUCACUGUGGACUUUGUGCCGCACAUGGCAGAAGAGGAGCAGGUUUUCCAGCCUCUUCUCAUGCGACAUUUCACGGCCCUGGAGCUGAUCCAUUUGCGUGAUAAAGUCAUCCAGCUUCAUGCCAGCAAUGUCCGGGCAACUUCGAGUGUUGUAAGUGGGCCUCUGUCCGUGCAAGCAUGGUGGAGUCGAGGCUUGCCGGCGCCGACCGAAGCUCAUCCGCAAGACCCGCAGCAGCCUCCCCGGCAGCCAGCAGCUGCGGCCGACGCCGCUGCCGUGUACAAGUCGUCCGUGACCCUGGACAGCUUGCCCUGCGAGAUCCUGCUCUACAUCUUCAAGCUGAUCGACGACGCGCCAACACUGCUGCGGGCGUCAUCGGUGUGCCGCUACUGGCACACACUGGCGUUCGAUGGGUCUCUGUGGCGCUCGCUGUACCUGCGCCGGUGGUUUCUGGGUAACUGGUACUUCAGCACACCACGGUCCUGUGGCGAUCACGCGGACCAAUCUGACGAGGAAGACGACGAGGAUGACAGCGAUGGGACAAACACGCCGCUGGAUGGUGAUAUGGCUGACCAGAAGGAGAGCCUGAGGGACUAUGGGUUCGAAGAGGAUGUGCCCUACAAACAGCGGGGCACUAGAGCGGUGUGGGACAGUGGCAGCAUGAGCGUGAAGCAAACGGCCGACGAAGAGAGGCUGUUCCUGGAGAAGAUCUGCCAGCGUCUGCUGCCCAUGGUGGGACGUCACGUUAGACUUCUCUCCUUGCAUGGCAGCACCUCACUAUCAAACGAUUCGCUUCGGCGGAUUCUCUACUUGUGUCCCAACAUUGAGCAUCUGAGCAUCGCUUACACCAAAGUGUCUACGUUUGGUUUGGAUAGUCGCCUCCAUCGACGGCUCACCCGACUCAGCGCCUCGGCGUGUCCCAACAUCUCUGAUGUGGCCGUGCAGAAACUGAUCAUGUCGUUGAACCCGGGCUAUGGAGCACUGCGUCGCAUGCCGUCCGACCCGGCCAGCCGUUCGUGCGAGUGUCUCCUGCAGUCGUGUGGCUCGGCAAGCAGAACUCUGUCGCCGGAGAGCGGUAGUCCUCUCUCUGGAUCCAGGAGAGAUCUGCGGAGCGGACCGCGACUGCGCUACCUGGAUGUAUCCGGCUGUCACAUGCUGACCGACAAUGGCCUUGGGCAUUUGAUCAGUGCUGGACCGUAUCCAGAGUUGAUCCACCUCGACUUAUCCGGCCUGUCGAGGAUCACCGAUGUGGCAGUGAAGAGGCUGGUUGCACUGUGCCACUCUCUGAAUCCGGAAAGGUUCUACUAUUGUGAGCGCAUACCGCACGGAGAAGACCAGCUGAUGAAGACGGCGGAGAUGUGCCGUGGCAUCUGCCACAAGGGGAUAAGUUGUUGCCGCUUCGCAUCAUGAUCACUGUCCGCCUGCUGCGUGUUGUCAAGUGGGUUUUGUCCUGCAAGGGGGAAUACGCUGCCAGCACCGCACUUGAGUGUUUUGCUUGAGCCUUUGUUCUGCAUGUUUCUCUCACUUCUUAUCGUCAGAGUGGGCUGUGACUAACCACCGUAUGCAAGGUAUAUGUAGGGACUAGAUAAAACACUUCAUAGCAUGCUGAAGGCAUUAGUAUCGGCUUGUUUACCGGUUAGACGCAGAGCAAGGCGCAUGUUUCGUAUCACUGUAUUCUACUCUUUACCCUUUCCACUUUCAUGUUGUGUUUGAAGCCUUGCCUGUAGAUGUAGUGUAGCUAUCUGGUACACGUGAGAAUCAGCUGCUCAGUGCCGAGCGAGUCAUAAGUCACUCUUUCGUGCGGUUGCGUUUCAAUUUUGUGCGUUUGAGUUUCCAGGCCCGCAGUGCAUCGCAGUGCAUUCGUUUGAUGAGCCUUCUUGAUUUGAAAAGAGAAACCACUACACCCCUGCUUUUGGCUUGCCGUUUUCCUCACACCAGCAGCCAGCUAGUCAUGUAUGUUCGGACAGAUUUCUACAACAAACUUCAAAAAACUACUUUGAUUACUUUCAAGUACAGCCCAUACAUUAUUCUACCUGCAUUUUCUUUUAAAAUAGAAUAAUUAGUUUCUGCUUGUUUCACCAGUUUUAGCGCUAUUUUCUUCUGUAGAGUCCACCAUCAUCCUAUUUGCACGUGGUACACCAUUAUUUUAGCAUGAGCACAGUCCAAGCUGUCAGCCUCGUUGCUUUUUCCAAUGACUUGAAGCAUCACCAUACUGAUCUCAAUCACUUUUAAAAAACUGUGCUCCACUUCAA